AUGACAAAACCAAAGCUAGCAAGAGGUAAUAAGAAAAAAUUCAAAUGUUCAGGUUUCGGUGACUGCGCAAUGGCCUUCACAAGACAGGAACAUUUGGCAAGACAUCAGAGAAGACAUACUGGAGAAAAACCUUUCCAAUGUGAGAUUUGUUUGAAGUUUUUUUCAAGACAUGAUAAUAUGCGCCAACAUAGAGAUUCUGUACAUUCUUCUCAGAAUCAAUUGACAAAAAUAAAAAAUACCGUAAUUAUGCAGAAUAAUUUACAUUGUUUCAAGAUUACAAAACAUAAUAAUACAAACGCAACGACAACGAAUACGAACACGAAUACGAAUACGACAACGACAACGACAACGACUGUAAAUAACCCAACAGUUACAACGAUCAAUCAACCAAAUGCGAUGAACAACGGCAGCAAUGGCAACAACAAUAACGUUGCAUCUCACCCUGCACCUUCAUUGAUGGAAAGAAAAGAUUUCGUCAAUUCGUAUUACUACGACCAACAUCAACCGAUUAAAUUGCCUCCAUUGCUGCUCAAUCCUUCUCCAAGGUACAACCCAUAUCCAUAUGAAGCAACGCGAUUAUCAUUACCGCCACCUUCAUCUUCCUCAUCCUCGACCUCAUCGUCUUCGUCAUCAUCAUCAUCAAUUUCAACACAGGGCUAUUUGACACCAUUGAACGUACCUCCUGUAGUAACGCUGCCCGUCGAUGCAAAUGUCGUUGUUAAACAGGAUAUUCAACAAACUCAACAGCCUAACGUUGCACCAGUAGCUACUCAUCCUGAAACAGCAGCCAACAACACGUCGGGCUCAAGACUAAGAGUAAGUUACAUGUUAACUUAA